GAUCUGCAGCAGACAGGUCAGUGUCUUAUAUGCCUGUGGGGAGUUAACAACUGGUAACAAGGAUCUGUUUCUACAGAUAUUGUCAUCAUGAGAACAGUUUUCAUUCUUAGUUCGCUGGUCACAUUGUUGUACCUUGUGUCAUGUUGUGAGGAGGAAACACAUUAUUGGAAGCAAGAUAAAUGCUGCAAGAAGUGUGGACCAGGUAAGAGGAUGCUGGUGGACGACAACUGCGAGGACCCGCGCUGUCAGGACUGCCAAGACGGAGAGUAUCAGAGCGGCUACACAAGUAAAACCAAAUGUGAACGCCAGCCCAGCUGUGACCCCAAUUUACAUUUUCAGCCACAAAUUAAUCCCAGUAAGACCAGUUUAAGCAAAUGUCAGUGUGAAGCUGGAUACUACUGUACGCAAGAUGAUGACUGCAACACUUGUAGGGAACACAAAGUUUGCAAGCCAGGACAGAGAGUCGUCAGAAAAGGUUCACCGGUUAGUGAUACUGUGUGUGAGGCAUGUAAAAAUGGAACAUUCUCCACCCAUGAUUCAGCUGACACUUGCGAGGAAUGGGCAAUAUGUGAAUAUGGAUAUGAUAAAAACGCUCCUGGCAGUUCAACCUCAGACCGAAUCUGUGUGGAUGGUAGACCCACUCACAGAGCUGCAAUUGGGUUGGGAGUUGCAAUAUUUCUGUUCAUCUUAAUAGCUGGAGCUGCAAUAUACUACGCAAAAAGACAUAAAGGCUGGAUAGAGCUCCCCAAACAGGCCCCAAAGAUAGCAGGCUUAAAUAUAAGAACACUGCAUCAAGAUGCAGAUGUUGAGAGAGCAAUCCAACCAUUAAAUCAACAGCCCGAGGAGGACGUUGAUACAAGCGGACCCGUGAGCCCCACGCCAAGUAACAGGACUGAAAAUGGAAAUGUUGUAGAUCAAGAGCAGGGCAAAGGACCUGUCUAUCCAAGUGCUGAAUCAAAUUCAUAUUCACAUUUAUAGAGCAAAGUCUUCUACAAAGUAGAUAGCUGUCCUGUCCUCCCAUCAUGUUACAACCAUCAACAUAUAGAGCAUUACAUUAUAAAGGACUUUACUCUGCUUUACUCUAAAUGUCCCAAAACCUGCAUGUGUCUUACACAAUCAUGACUGAAACAGUAGCUCCUCAACAUGAGCCUUGUUGAGAAAAUACUUAUUGCUGCUGAAAGCCUUUGCCGUUGUAUUGCCACUUGCGUCCUGUGAUUGAUACGAAAUGCUGCAUACCCUCCCCAUGCACUCGACACUACUAGUGCUGAAU